CAGCUCCAAAAUAGACCUGACAUUUCCAGCGACCUGUGAUCCCCCAUGCGCACCCUCAGCCUGCCUGUAGUGGUGCCUGCGAGAGAUUUGGACGUGUGAACAGAAACAAAAACCCGCCGCGCCCGUCAGAAUGUCGUGUUUCACGACCCACGAGGCGAAGGAAAACGACGAGGAAGACUCCAGGGUCUUCAAGAGACACAAGACGACCUUCGUGGAACCUAAGGAGGACAAGGACAAGGAGAAAGAGAAGAAGAAGGAGAAGAAGGUGUACCGAGACGAAGUAAACGAGCUACAGGAGGAGGGUAAACAUGCCAUCGACGACCCGUCCCUGUCACCUGAUCUGGCGGGCACCUUCAUACUGGAUGAGGGGGAGGAGCGGUCCAUGAUCGAGCCCGCCUCCAGAGAUGACCUCAAGUUCAAGGAGCUGCAGAAGGUUUUGAUCGAGUGGAUAAACGACACCCUUGUGGAGAACAGGAUCAUCGUGAAGGACAUCGAGGAGGAUCUGUUCGAUGGUCAGAUCCUCGGGAAACUCAUCGAGAAGCUAGCAGAUAUAAAGCUAGAGGUGGCGGAGGUGACCCAAUCAGAGCAGGGACAGAAACAGAAGCUGAAGACGGUUCUGGACACGACAAACCGCCUGCUGAACCUGCCGAGGUGGAACCAUCAGCAGAAGUGGAGCAUGGAGAUGGGGUGGCGGCAGGACAAAUGGAGUGCAGACAGUAUCCACUCCAAGAACAUCGUGGCCAUCAUCCACCUGUUGGUUGCCUUAGCGCAGCACUUCCGGGCGCCGAUCCGGUUCCCGGAGCACGUCAGCGUAAAUGUGGUCGUGGUGCAGCGCAGGGACGGGCAGCUCGCUACGCGGAAGGUCGCGGAGGAGCUCACGACGACAAACGAUAUGAUGCAGGGCAAGUUUGAGCGUGAUGCCUUUGACACAUUGUUUGACCACGCUCCAGACAAGCUCAAUGUGGUGAAACGGUCUCUCAUCACCUUUGUCAACAAACAUCUCAACAAGAUCAACCUGGAGGUCACUGACCUCGACACACAGUUUGCGGAUGGAGUGUACCUGGUGCUCCUGAUGGGACUGCUGGAGGGAUACUUUGUGCCGCUGUACAGCUUCCACCUCACACCGGACAGCUUCGACCAGAAGGUCCACAACGUGCAGUUCUCCCUGGAGCUGAUGCAGGAUGGAGGACUGCCCAAACCCAAGGCCAGGCCAGAGGACAUCGUGAACCUUGACCUGAAGGCGAACUUGAGGGUUCUCUACAACCUCUUCACCAAGUAUAAACACCUCAACUGAGCAUGCUCCGUGACCUUCCAAGUACA